UAUGAGACGGCGCUUUUGUAGGACAUCUGAUUCUGAAGUGUUGCGUCGUGCCUGUGCCCUCGAGGCUUCGAGCUUGGCGUCGACUCGUCAAUGGCUUUAGCUUGCAGCAGAAUGGCGAGGAGAAUACCUAUUUCGUCGAUCAAAGCAGCUCUUAAUUCCAAUGUUCGAAACUCUUCUUUCUGCAGAUCAGCCUCCAUUUUCACCACUCCUUCUAACUCUACCUUCACUCCCCUUCUUCGAUCCUUCUUAAUCAGCAGAACUAGGAUGCCUACAGUCAAUGUUGCCACUUCACAGUGUGGUAGCGGCGGCCAGAAUGACGUCUUGUUUGAGCGCUACUUCUCGGAGUUGUCGAGCGCUUUCUCAGGGCACAUAGUUAAUUUGGAGUUUGCGGGACCUGCCAAUCAUGGUCCAAUGCUUCAUUAUCAAAGCUUGGUCUAUCAGUUCCAAGGUGACCAGCUAGAGGAGAGGACUAUGCCAUUAAAGUUUCGGAAGGCUGAAUUCGAGGUUUUGUUAUAUUAAUGCAUGAAAAGGGACUAUACUGACUGUAAUUCUUUCCGGCUGCAAAGCAAGUUUCAGGAGAUUAAAAAUUAGUUGGCCGAAUUUAAUGAAGCACACUAAUUAUAAUUUGUGAAUGGUGCAUCUUACUAUAAUUUUUAUUUUUAUAUA